AGGCGCAAGCGUGCAUCAGGUGGAAGUUUUACAGGCGCACGUCUUGACAAGCAACAGAGUGCUGUAUACUCCCGCCCACGUAUUAUUCGACGUAUAACCACGUUUGUAAUCAAACAAACCUGACGAACAACGUCCUAUACUCCAGAUAAUGAAUUCUCCAUUUGUAAGCAAGUUUUCUGGGAACAUCGAACAAAAUACAGAAACCCGCUGAAAGGGCGAGCAUGAUUCUGACUGGAUCAGACCAUUUUCUAGCGGCAGCAUUCAGCUACGCUUGAUGGUGUCGUGUGCUGCAUACAAAUGGGAACGCAUAUUUACGGGUCAAUGGUUUCAGUACCAGUGGAAGCUACAGCGUUUCUGGGUGCUGUUGCUGGUUUUGGAGCACUUUUGUUGGUCUUGUUCCUUUAUCUGUCCCGGAAGUGGUGUUUCACGCCGUCUGCUUCUUCGACUCUUUUCGGGGGUGUUUGCGUACCUCUUUGUGAAUCCAGUAACAGUUCUAUAUCUCAACUGUCUAAGAACUUAGGCAAGGCAUUUUCUUACUCAGAUCCAGAAACAAGUUCAGACUCGGAAGAAGACGCUCUUCGCCGUUUAAAUUCUCCUAGACCACACCCUCCGCCGGAUACUCUUACCAUCCAAGCUGAAGAUGGACCCGCUGUCGUAGACGGAGGUACGACUUCCAGUAGUUGCACCGAAGAACACUCUCCUGAUCAACAACAGCAGUGUAUAGUAAAAGUCGGUUCCUCGAACAUUAUUCUGGACAAUAGAGAACAAGAAAGACAGAAGGAAGAGCACACUGCUCCAGCAAAUGAUGGAAUCGUACCGACGCCUGUUAUUACAGAUGAAGUUAGUAGCCUGGAAGUUGCUUUUAUGUAUGACGCACCGAUGCGUGAGAUGACGGUUCAUGUGUUACAAGGACGUAACUAUCCGUCCGGCAUAGGUGGUAGCCAAGUUCGCCUGGUAUUAUUGCCAUCUAAGAAACAACGCCGUAAAACAAAAGUUCGCCAGGGUACAGCACCACAAUACAUGGAGAGUUUCCUGUUGCCUAGAGUUAAUCCUGAGGAUGUAAAUGCUAUGGGUGUAAGACUGAGAGUUUAUUCAUGGAGCGGUCGAAUCCGGAGAGAAAGAUUACUUGGAGAAGCUAGAGUUUCUUUCGAUCAAAUUAAUCUUCAAGUGGAAACAACUUUGUGGCUGACAUUACAACCUCCACCAUCAUCCCCAGUUCAAGAAUGGGGAACGAGUAGCAGUCUAACCAGAAGUGAUUCCACUGGUUCUCAACAAUCUGUUCAAUCCUAUGUCUCACCAACUGUGCCAUCGUAUGGAAGUAGCAUGAAGGGUGGCAGCAUAGCUGAGAUUCUAAUUGGAUUAGCAUAUAACGGUACAACUGGGCGUCUAUCUGUGGAGAUUAUCAAAGGUUCUCAUUUUCGCGGUGGGGGAGGAAAUGACACGAGGCCACCAGAUACUUACGUUAAACUGUCCCUGGUGAAUAGUAACGGUCAUGAGAUGGGUCGUUCAAAAACUGGCCUUAAACGGGCACAGCCCAAUCCUUUAUAUAAGGAGACAUUCAUAUUUCAGGUUGCGUUAUUCCAACUGGGGGAUGUCACACUAUUCCUGUCAGUGUACAACCGUCGAAGAGGAGGAAUGGGCAGAAAGGGUCGGGAAAUGAUUGGCUGGCUUUGUCUUGGUCUAAACAGUUCAGGUGCUGAAGAAUUACAGCAUUGGAACGAUAUGCGUGCCGCGAGGCAACCCACUCAGGUGCAACGUUGGCAUUCCUUGCUACGUCCCUGAGUGAUGGAUCAUCGAAGAGUUCCUGUUACGGAUAAGUAUUCCUUGACAUAUGUAAGUCUCGUGCAGGGAACGUACUUGGGCGGCGAAAAGUUAUAUGCGUCGCAAAUAGGGAUGUGGUAUACAUGGACCAGUCCCCCGGAAGAGUUAAAAAAAAAGACUCCAAUUCAGGUUUCACACUACAAUCGACUUUUUUUACGUGGUAUUAAUCCGAGUUAUGAACUCCGAUACUGCGACACGUUCUAUAUUGAUCGUCCCUUUAAUAUUACUUUAGGACGAACCAAGGAGGAUGUUUUCCUUGAUUCGAGCUGGCUCAUAAUCACGAGAUACAACGACCGACACGUCGAUCCGUGACGUGAGCUCUCUGACUUUAAUCUGUGCCUGAGUCUCACUUUUCAUUAUUUUUACUUUGUGCCUUUCAUCCCUUAAUCCUUAAAUGCUUGUUCAUUCGAUUCGAGACGGCAGAUUUUGACUGUCAUAUUAAAUGAGUAUGGUUCGAGUAACGGAUUUUGACUCUGCAAAAAAGCUUCGUUUCUAUACAGGCCGUCGCGAGAGAAAUCUGAUGUGGUAGAUUAACUAAAAAAUGAAAAAAAAAAACUCAAUAACGCACAAUAAACUCGCAAAUGCACCGUAUAAAUGCAAAUGUGAUUUUAGUAACAGUAUGAUCACGAUCGAUUAUAACAAUGAACUACGAAUUGUAUAGACGUAGAGCGUCUAAUUAGGCAAAUAGUGGAGUAGUGAUAUAUUACUACUACGUAGGAGAUUAAAUAUUUGAUGAAACAGACGACUGAAUAACGGACAAACAGAUGCUGUGAACUAUCUUUUAACUUUAGGCAUUCGCGAAUUGUAAUCGUAGACAUUGUGGACAAUUUAAUUAUAU